CUGUUGUUUUGACUGCCUGCCUGUUUGGACCGUUUCCUGAUCUGGGAAGCUAGCUAGUUAGCAAGCUAGUUACGCAGUACACUGGGGUAGCUAUCAUAACGCAUUAGCUGCAUACCUCACGGAAAACAUUUAUAUCGUAUUUUACAGAUAAUAUGAAUGUUAAAAUUUGUAAUGACCUUAGAUUGUUAAUAGGUAUUCAUAUUUGUACAUCAAUUCUAGGUAGUGAGUAACUUGCCGUAGCCGUCUAUAUUUUUGCUAGCAAGCUAGCUGUCCAGCUAGCCUUGACGGGUACGCCUAUGAUGUCAAAUAUCAAGAGAAAUUCAAGAAAGAAAGUAUAGAGCUGUGCAUGGCGAGCGAGGUGCAGCAGGAGUGACGGAGCGUCCAGUGUGAGCAGCCUGCUAGCAGCAGCGGUAGAGCCCCCCCCCCCCCGCCCCCGUCAUGGCGUCCCGCCAGAGGAAUGCCGUGUGCAUCCUGGCCAGCCGUGAGCAAGGAUCCCAGCUCUCUGGAUCCCAGCGCCUCCUGCAGCAGCUGGUGGAGGAGAAGGUUCGCGGGAUGAAGUGGCAGAGUCAGAAAGUGGAGCUUCCAGACAGCCCUCGCUCCACGUUUCUCCUCGCCUUCAGCCCCGACCGGACCUUGAUGGCCUCCACCCACGUUAAUCACAACAUCUACAUCACAGAAGUGAAGACUGGAAAGUGUCUGCAUUCCCUGGUGGGGCACCGCCGCACCCCCUGGUGUGUGACCUUUCACCCCACCAUCCCAGGGCUGCUGGCGUCAGGGUGCCUGGACGGGGAGGUCCGCAUCUGGGACCUGCAUGGGGGCAGCGAGAGCUGGUUCACCGAGAGCAACGUGGCCAUCGCCUCCCUGGCCUUCCACCCCACUGCCCAGCUCCUCCUCAUCGCCACCAACAACGAGCUGCACUUCUGGGACUGGAGCAGACCGGAACCCUUCGCUGUGGUGAAGACUGGGAGUGAGACGGAGAGAGUCAGGUUGGUGAGGUUUGAUCCGUUGGGGCACAAUCUCCUGACAGCGAUUGUCAAUCCCUCCAACCAGCAGAAUGAAGAUGACUCGGAGGUCCCUAUGGACAGCGUGGAGAUGCCCCACUUCCGCCAGCGCUCCUUCCUGCCCUCCCAGCCCGUACGCCGCACCCCCAUCCUCCACAACUUCCUCCACAUCCUGUCGUCUCGCUCCUCCGGGGCGCCGGCCGGCAGCGAUCUCCCCCGACCCAGCGUGGAGGUCAGCAGUGAGGGCCCCAGCGCGCCCCUGGGCCAGUACCCUCCAACCCACGAGCGUGGGCCUCCCUACCCAGGGUGCACCCAGCACCUGGGCAUGGUGUGCCUGUGCAACCGUUGCACUGCCAACCGCAGCCCCUCCCUGGGCGAGGGGCCCCCUCUCACCUCCUCCAGGGCCCCCCCGGAGCCCCCCCAUGCCUCCACCUUCUCUUCGGCCCGGACUGAGCCCCGCCAGCCCUCUGAGAGACCCUCCGCCUUCACCUCCGUCUACUACGCCGGCGGCAGCUCCCUGCACCGUGCCAUACCCACCCCGCACCUGGCCAGCCAGCCCCUCAGCCAGCCCUCCGCUCACGAGGCCUCCGGCCGCCUGCCAGGGCCCGACUGGACGCGCAGCCUGCUCAACAUGCGCCCCGGCGCUGAGAGCGGCAUGCUGCCUCCCAGGACCAGCUCCUCCUCCGUCAGCCUGCUGUCUGUGCUGCGCCAGCAGGACGGCUCGUCCCAAUCCCCUGUCUACACGUCUGCCACGGAGGGCAGGGGUUUCCCCCCACAGGGCCCUGAACCCGCCCCUGGGGGCCCCAGCCAGAGGGCUGGUGGAGGGGCGGGCACCAGCAGCGGACAUCACCCCUUCUGGGAGGGCGCGCGCAGCAACCCCGCCUCUUUCCGCAACGUGCUGCAGUGCAACCUGAGCCGCUACUUCAUGGAGUUCGAUCGCAUGCAGGACCUGGAGUCUCCUCUGGGGGGCACUGCAGGCGUGGAGGGCAGCCAGGAGCAGACCCAGGAGCUGCUCAACAACAACAUUGACCCUGAGAGGCCGUCAUCCUCCUCUGCCUCCUCCUCACACUACCAGCCACCCCCUCCUCCUCCUCCUCCUCCUCCUCACAACUCAGAGAACCCCCCUCCCCCAAGCCCCCAGACCCACUCGUCCCGGGGACACCUGAACCGCUGCCGCGCCUGCCACAACCUGCUCACCUUCAACCACGACUCCCAGCGCUGGGAGCGCACCAGCCAGGCUGCCUCCACCUCCGCCUCCGCCCAGGAGCCCCCCUCCUGGCAGGCCCCCAGCCCGGCCUACGACGAGGGGGGCCAAGGGCCUCGGAGGGAGCCCCAGGCCCACGAGAGGAGGGCCCCGGCAGCGGAGCCGAGCGAACCAUCCCCUGGGGGAGGCGCUGGGCCGGUGCCCUUCCCCAUGGCUUCCUCUUCCCCCCAGCCAGGGGAGCAGACAGUGGGCCUGGUGUACAACCAGGAGACAGGCCAGUGGGAGAGGGUGUACAGGCAGGCAGCUUCCGGACGCCCUGCAGACACACCGCCUGAGGCCUUAAACCAGGAAAUGCCUGUGGACAACCCAGACGAGGACUCUCUGAGGAGGAGGCUGCUGGAGUCGUCUCUCCUUUCCCUGUCCCGCUACGACAUGGGAGGCUCCAGAGACCACCCCAUCUACCCCGACCCUGCCAGGUUGUCCCCUGCAGCCUACUACGCUCAGAGGAUGAUCCAGUACCUGUCCAGAAGAGACAGCAUCCGCCAGCGCUCGCUGCGCUACCAGCAGAACCGCCUGAGGACCCUGUCAUCCUCCUCGGACAGCCCGGCUGGUAACCCCUCCGCCGCCAUGGAGAACAACGACGUGGACUUUGAGGAACUGGAUGACAAUGGAGACCGGACAAGGCACAGAACGCCUCGCAACGCCCGCAUGUCCGCCCCCUCGCUGGGACGCUUCGUUCCCAGACGGUUCCUGCUUCCUGAGUACCUGCCAUAUGCUGGAAUCUUCCAUGAGAGAGGUCAGCCUGGCCUGGCCACACACUCCUCUGUCAACAGGGUCCUAGCAGGUGCCUCCAUCGGUGAUGGCCAGUCCGCGGUCGCCAGCAAUAUUGCCAACACCACCUACCGGCUGCAGUGGUGGGACUUCACCAAGUUCGACCUCCCAGAGAUCAGCAACGCCUCAGUCAACGUGCUGGUGCCAAACUGUAAGAUCUACAACGAUGCCAGCUGUGACAUCUCUGCAGACGGCCAGCUCCUGGCGGUGUUCAUCCCCAGCAGCCAGCGGGGUUUCCCCGACGAGGGCAUCCUGGCCGUCUACUCCCUGGCCCCUCACAACCUGGGAGAGAUGCUGUACACCAAGAGAUUCGGUCCCAACGCCAUCUCCGUCAGCCUGUCUCCUAUGGGCUGCUACGUCAUGGUGGGGCUGGCCUCACGCAGAAUCCUGCUGCACCCCUCCACUGACCACAUGGUGGCGCAGGUGUUCAGGCUGCAGCAGCCCCACGGAGGAGAGACAUCCAUCAGGAUGGUGUUUAAUGUGGUGUACCCCAUGGCCCCCGACCAGCGCAGACACGUCAGCAUCAACUCAGCCAGAUGGCUGCCGGCCCCGGGCAUGGGCCUGGCCUACGGCACCAACAAAGGAGACCUGGUCAUCUGCCGGCCAGUGUUCUACCGCACCGACGGGGAGAGCCCUGCAGAACCCAGCACAGAACCCAUAUUCUCCGUCAACAACAGUGGGGGCACCAGCAGAACCCGCGGUACCGAGAGGCCAGGGCCUCCCAGCAGACCGGGCUGGAGACCGGACAGGGACAUGGGCCUGAUGAACGCCAUCGGCCUGCAGCCCCGCCACCCCGCCCCCUCCGUCACCUCCCAGGGGACCCAGACGCCGGUGGUGCAGCUGCAGAAUGCAGAGACCCAGACGGAGAGGGAGCUGGCCACCCCCAGCACCUCCCACGCCACACCUGCAGAGCCGCAACAGGAAGUGGCCUCCACCAGCGCCGGCACUGCAGGAACCCUGGAGCCACAAGGGAGCAGGGCCAUGGAUGGGACCCUGGGGGGCGGGACCCUGGGGGAUGCCAGCACUGAGGCCAGCACCUCCACCGCCCACACUGGUGACGCCCCGGAAUACGCCGCCGGGGAGGACGCCCUGGCGAGGAUCCGCCGGCUCAUCGCCGAGGGCGGAAUGACGGCGGUGGUGCAGCGUGAGCAGAGCACCACCAUGGCCUCCAUGGGAGGCUUCGGCAACAACAUCAUCGUCAGCCACCGCAUCCACCGUGGCUCUCAGACCGGCACGGCACGCCCCCCCAGCGCCCCCCUGGACCCCCAUGUCCCCAGCCCCUCCUCCUGCCCCCUCACCCUCACCAUCACCCAGCCCCAGCCCAGCCAGACUCAGACCCUCCGCCUCACACUGGAGCACCCAGCCCUCUCAGAGGCCCCCAUGUGGGGGCCCCCCGCCCUCUCGCGGCCCCAGCCCCCAGCGCUCCUCCCAGAUGGGGCUGGGCCGGGCCUCGCCAUGGGCAUGGACAGCGUGUUUGAGGGAGGACGGGCGGACGCCGCUGACCCUGCUCCCUCCUCCCCCGGACUCUUCUCCCCCUCCUCCAGCUCUCACGCUGCCUCCCCCUCCUCCAGCAACCGCAACAACAACAACAACAGCAGCCGCAGUAGUUACCCUGGAGACCCCUACAGCAGGUAGCCCUGGGUCUGGUCUCAGC